AUGGCAGAGAGCGAGUCGAUGUCUGCUGACAGCGACGGAGAGGAGCUGCCUACCUUAGCCUCCCUCCUGCAGCCACCCCCCGGCCAGCUGGACCUCCGGCCCACCCUGUCUCCUGCUCCCAAGGUGGUGAGGGUGGCAGAAGCAUUUGUAAUGGUAAGCAGUGGAAGCGAAGAGGAGGAGGUGGAAGUCAUCCUUUUACCUGAGAGGAUCAAGAGGAGGGUGGAAGCAAAAAGAAAGACGGCUUUUGAGCCCCUCCAGCUGAACGAUGCAGGAGGUGGUAGCGGUGGCCUGCUGGCACCUGGCAGCAAAGGGCCCCAGGAAGACCUGUUGUUUGGAGAUGUGCCCUUUGGCAACCAAGAUGGCACACACAAUGCUGAGAGGCCCUCCUUGUGCACAGUGCCAGCCUCUCAAUCUGACUCCACAGACCAGCCUAGUAAGCUCCUGCUAAGUGGAGCAAGCCCAGAAACAUCCGCCGGCCACAAAAAGCCAAAAUAUAGUCAGAAGGAAAGGGAGGCAAUCCGACAGGCUGCGCAGCAGAAGCGGAAAGAGCAAGAAGCACAGAGAAGGCAGCAGGAGCAGGAAAAGGAGAGGAAGAGGGCCGUUGCCAAGAUGCUGAAAGCUCAGCUACCAGGGGAAUGCCAGAAAUACAUAACUGUGGUGCUAGAUGAAGUUCUCUUUCAGGUAGAUGGCAGUGGAUGGGUCCUUAAUGCUUUGCAGGCUGCAAAUUAUUCUUCUGUGGUCGGAAAUCAAGCUGUUCCCUGCAGCAUCACCUGGCGGAGGAAGACUGUAUCAUCUCAGGUGGAAGAAGGAGAUGAAUGGAGAGAAGAACCAAAUGUCCUGGUUCUGCAUCGCUUGGAGGAGUUUUUGUCCAUGGUUCGCAACUACAAAGAAAAGGCUCAGGGCUUCACAGAAGGACAGAAGGAGACCCUGCAGAGCUACGUAGCUCAUGUGAUGGAUAAAAUGCCUGGGAAAAUUCUGGCACUAGCGGUAGUUGGAGUAGAAAAUUAUUUCAGAUCCCUCAGAGUUCGGUCAAAAAAGAGACUGCAGCAGGCAGCAGCAAGUGGAAACCAAGAAGUGGAACAGAAGAAAACAAGAAAAAGGAAAGUUAAGGAUUCUGACCUGGAGAUAACAAGAAUGGAUGUGGAAGAAGCCUUGGUGGAUCUGCAGAUGAACAAACAGGUCCAAGUUACCUUUUUUGAGAGCUGGGAGGAGCUUGGAGAAUUUGCCACUAUGUUCACAAAAGCUGUAGCUGAAGCACCAUUCAAGCAAGAGCGAGCAAAGACAGGGUUUUCUUUCUACUUAGAGAAGAGGUGGUGUGGAGGGGUGAAGGUGGAUUGUUCUGGAAAGGGUCUGUUGGAAGUUUGGAAGAGACAGAUACAACAAUUUAACCGGGUGAGCCUCGAGAUGGCCGAGGCCAUUGUGUCUGCAUAUCCUUCUCCUCAGCUUCUGACCCAGGCUUACAGCAGGUGCUCCUCUGAGCAGGAGCGGGAAAACAUGCUGGCUAACAUCCCUGUGCACCGUGGGGACAGUGUGACAGCCACCUCCCGGCGGGUUGGACCAGACCUCUCCCGACGGAUCUAUCUGCAGAUGACUUCCCACCAUCCUGAUAUCUACUUGGAUUUCACUGGGUAG